AAUCCAAGACGAUAUACGGGUUAUCUUUACUGUCACCGUUAUACUUGUGAAAAGCGAAUCAUUAAGAUACUGUUAGUGGUUCGGUGCUUGAAGCAGAAAUAUAGAAACUGUGUCAUGUGUGUAUUAAUCAAGACUUUGAUUUAUUGAAUCCUGAUGAGAAGAUCCAUAUAGUUAUCGUAAACAGAAUUCAUAAUUCUUCAUAGCCGCUCAACAAUCCUUUUUACUGACAAUCGCAAGAUCUAUCUGCACAAAGGCAAGAGUAUAUUGUGAGCUAUACAGUGGUUAGAAUUCCAAAUUGGUUAUUGUUUAAUAAUUAACCAUGUCAUCACAACUACCAUCAACAUUGGAUAAUUUAUUCAAGUAUAUAGAUGAUCAUGCACAGGAAUAUAUAAAUAAUUUGCGAGAAGCAAUUGCUAUUAAAUCGGUAUCAGCAUGGUCAGAUCAUAGGAAUGAAGUAGUAAAAAUGAUGAAAUGGGCAGAAGUAAAGUUGAAGAAUCUUGGAGUAAUUACUGAAUUGGUUGACAUUGGUAAACAAUCUCUGCCUGAUGGUACUGAAAUUCCACUUCCACCUGUACUAUUGGGAACUCUUAUAUCUGAUCCAAAAAAGAAAACUGUUCUCUUAUAUGGACAUUUGGAUGUACAACCUGCACUAAAGGAAGAUGGCUGGGAUACUGAUCCUUUUGUCCUUGUUGAGAAAGAUGGAAAAUUGUUUGGUCGAGGUAGUACAGAUGACAAAGGACCAGUUCUUUGUUGGAUGCAUACCUUGGAAGCUUAUAAAGCAACUGGAGAAGAUAUUCCUGUCAAUCUUAAGUUUGUUUUUGAGGGAAUGGAAGAAAGUGGAAGCGAAGGUUUGGAUAAUCUACUCUGGGCAAGAAAGGAUACCUUUUUACAAGAUAUAGACUAUGUCUGCAUAUCAGACAACUAUUGGCUAGGUACUAAGAAGCCCUGCAUUACUUAUGGCCUACGAGGUAUCUGCUAUUUCCAGCUAGAAGUAACUUGUGCUGCAAAGGAUUUGCACAGUGGUACUUUUGGUGGAACUGUACAUGAAGCCAUGGCUGAUUUAAUUUACUUAAUGAAUAGCCUGGUUGAUGUUAAUGGGCAUAUUUUAGUAGAUGAUAUCUAUGACAAUGUAGUCAAAUUGACUGAAACUGAAUUAACCUCUUACAAGAGUAUAGAUUUUGAUGUAAAUGAAUUCAGAGAGACUGUUGGAACUAAAAAACUGGCUCAUAAAGAAGAUAAGAUUCAGCUUCUACUCCACCGCUGGCGACAGCCCUCUUUGUCUCUUCAUGGGAUCGAGGGUGCUUUCAGUGAGCCGGGAGAGAAAACUGUUAUCCCAAAAAAGGUUAUUGGUAAAUUUUCGAUUAGAAUAGUUCCCAACAUGACUCCGGAUGAAACAGUCGAAAAAGUAGUUGCCUACAUGAAUAAGAUAUGGCAAGCUAGAGGUAGUCCAAAUGUCAUGAAUGUGAGUAUGUGUCAUGGCUGCAAAGCCUGGUCUGAGAAUCCUGACCACCCACAUUAUCUGGCUGGACGGAAAGCUACUCAACAUGUUUAUCAUGUGGAGCCUGAUCUUUCUCGUGAAGGUGGCUCGAUUCCUGUUACUUUAACAUUCCAAGAAGUUACUGGCAAAAAUGUAUUACUCUUACCAGUUGGUACAGGCGACGACGGAGCACAUUCACAAAACGAAAAGUUAAAUGUAUACAACUAUAUCCAAGGAACAAAAUUGCUUGGAGCUUAUCUGUAUGAGGUAGCUCAAUUAUAAUGCUUCGUUAAUGUUAUUCAUUAAUCCCAAGCUCAAGUAAUAUGGUAUAUCGGAUAUGUUAUGGUAUGUUGGAUUUCUUAUUGUCAUAUGUUUAUUUUAUGGUGUAUAAUUAAUUAUACGUGAAC